CCGACGAUGAGUAGCCGAUGUGUAUUUCGGCACGACAUCUCGUGUGUAUGCCCGGCCGACGUCGUUUCAGUGUACGUUAUUGAAUGACAUACCACCGGGCCCACGAGUCCCAGGCCCUCCACACCCUGGGGGUAACUGACAUCUCCCUCCUGCUGCCCAGUAAGGGCGAGGCGGCCCCUCACACCUUCUGCCGGGUGGACAAAAACCUCAACACUGGCAUGUGGGGUCCAGCCUUAUACCUGUGUUAUAAGAGAGCUGUAGCCAAAGCCAACGCCCUCGUCUAUGAAGCAGGUCUCAUCAGUCGGUAUCCGGAGGCGGACGUGGAGUCGUUCCCCCUGCCAGAGUCUGUGCCGAUGUUCUGUCUGCCGAUGGGCGUGACCGUGGAGAGCUGGCCCCUCAACACCAAGUACCAGCUCCCGGUCUUCUCCACGUUUGUCCUCACCAGCGCCAGUGGAGACAAGGUUUAUGGUGCUGCCAUCCAGUUCUACGAGUUGUUCCCGCGGGAGUGCCUCUCGGAGCGGCAGAGUGUGCGUCUGGGCCUGGUGAGUGUGGUAGACCAGCGGCCCAUCACCAAUCGCACACUCCAGGUGAAGAAGAGUGUGUGUGUUCUUUCCCAUUGGCCGUUCUUCACAGUUUUCCAGAAGUUCCAAACCUUCAUCUACCGAUAUUCCAUCUCGGGACCCCAUGUGCUGCCCCUCAAGAAGAGUGGCCCUUCAUUUUUGGUUGAUUACAUUACCCUUUUUAAUUUAUUUUUAUUUACCUGUAUCUGUAUUUUGGAUAUGACAUGCUAUGUAAGUGUCUUUAAUUAUCUGCUAUUUCACUUGGUGUUGACAAACGUAUCUCACUGCGAUACAACCAUGUUAUCUUCAAUUUUGUUGGACUUGUUUUUUGUGUAUGUUUGUUUUUUGUGUAUGUUUGUGUGUGUGUGACACCAGAAGCAUUGUGGAAUUUCUCUCUAAAGACUUAUUUCUCUCUCACAGGAAAAAGGCGUUCAGUGGUUAGUGUGUGCAGACGGACUGGGUAAAAAUAUCACCCAAAUGGUUUACAUUGUGUACAGAGGCCA